AUGGAAGCAGACAAAGUCACAGAAGAACCUCAUACCACCACGGAUGCAAAGGAGCACCCUUCUUCAAAGGACCCUUCUGCUGAGGACUCACAAGAGACCCAUACCUCUGAAACCCCUUUGGAGCCUUCCAUCUCUGAGACUCCUUUAGAGCCCAACACCUCUGAAUCUCAUAUGAUGCCAUCUUCUUCCCAUAUCCCUUUAGAGACCCAUACCUCUGAAACCCUUUUGGAGCCUUCCAUUUCCAAGUCCUCUUUAAAAAGCUCUAUCUCUGAGAACCUAUUGGAGAUUCACACCUCUAAGGUCCCAGAGUCUUUACAUGACUCAUCAUCAGGCCAUGUCUCUGUGUCUUCCCCUGAUGCUCCGAAGAAAGGCCUCUUCCCUGAGUCUUCCUCAGGUGAGGUCUCAUGGACAAAAAGAUCCAUCCAGAUCCCCGAAUCUGAGAUCCUUCAGAAGCAUUCCCUUUUAGGCCCUUCAUCCCAGGUCCACCUGGACACAUCUGUAAAGGAAAGGGAAGAGGAAGGAGAGGACAAGGAGAGGGAGGAUGCCACUGACAGCACCACUCACACAGCUCAGCCUGGACAUCAUCUGGGAAACACAGUCAGCCCAGUCGUCCCUGCUAAGCAGGCAGAGCUGGUGGAAGUGGCUAAGGCAAUGCACAGAGAGAAGUUUAGUGCUCGGGUGAAUAAUCUUUUCCAAUGGGAGAAGAAUGCAGCCCUGAAUGCCAUCCAGAAUGGUCUCUACAUUGGCUGGCGUUGCCCCCAUUAUCUAUGGGACUGUUUCCGGAUUGGGGAUGAGUCCAAAUGCUUUUGUGGACACUUGUUGAGAGAGCACCAGAUCAUAUCAGACAUAUCUGUGCCCUGCAAUGUGAGCCAGUGCCGCUGCCUCAUGUUCUGCUUUAUCCCAUCACGCCCAGAGGAGGUGGGUGAGUUCUGGCUUAGGAGACGGACCACCUUUGACCCCAAGGCCUGGAGAGCCCAAUGUCGCUGCAAACACAGCCAUGAAAACCAUGCAGCUACCAGGUCCCAUCCCUGCAGGGUCAAAGGCUGUUGCUGCAACUGUUUUGAGUCUAAUUUCCUCUGUGCGGCCUGUGAUCGGCGCUGGGAGGAACAUGAGACUUUCUUUGAGACUGAGGAGACCCGACGACGAGGAGGGAGACCUCACGGGACAGACACUGUCAACAUCUGGCACAGGCCUCUGUGA